ACACACACACACACACACACACACACAGAUAGACACGUGCUGCAGCCUGCAGGGAAGCUCUGAAUGUUGGGUCGCUGAGCAUUCAGUCCCCCCCACCCCUACCCCCCACACCUCCUCUUCUUCUCUGCUUUCUCCCUCUCACUCUCCCUCUCUCACUCCCUCUCCCCGUUCACCUUGCCUGUUCCGGCUGUGUGGUUUAUUGUUGCAUCAGAGCCAAAGACAGCCAGCAAGCAGCAUGCCGGGGGAGAGCACUCACAGAUCUGUCCCUGCUGACAAGCAUCCAGAGCAGGGAGCGGAGGAGACAGGGCUCCCCGGACCAGACAUGACCAGACAUCUGUCUACUGACUCUACCCCUAGUGACAGUGGCUCUUCUCCUAGUGACAGUGGCUCUUCUCCUAGUGAUAGUGGUUCCAGCCCUUCUCCCAGUACUCCUCAGAAGCUACUCCCAGCAUGCACCUCUCCAUUUGGUCCGCGAUUAUUUCAUGCAUCAACUAGCUCUUCUGGAACUACAAGACCUCAGCCUGAAGGCUCUGACCAUCGCAACACCUCUACGCCAAGAUUGUCUGGAAAAUUAGGUGGUCAUGGACCAUGUGGCCGCCAUGUUCCUGUUAAGAUGGAGAGAAUCAAGGUCCUGACUGGUUCUGAGGUGGAGAGUGACUACCAAGAGCCACAAACCAUUGAAACAAGGGUGGUGAUGGGUCAAGAGACACUUCUCAAAACAACAGAGAUCCAGAAAAGGAAACCUCAUGUUGAACAAAAUGUUCUGAUUAUCCCUUUGCCAGCUAUCCCAAGCUUCUCAGAUCCUCAGACACAAGCAAAAGAAACCCAGCUGGAAACCAGCAAAGAGGAAAGCCAAGACAAAAGCCCUGAAAAAAAACAUGAUCAGAAGAAAGACCCUCUGCAGCCCCCAACCAAACAACCAAUCCCUUUUCACGAACCUCUAUUCCCUUCUUCAUCCUCCUCAGAGCCUGUCACAACUGAUGACAGUUUGAUAGACAACCAGGAAGAGGGUCAAACCUUCUCUCAAAAUGAAGUGCCUUCUAUCUCUUCUUCUGAGCCUUCCUGUCCAGUUGCUUUGUCCUUUUCUGAACCAUCUUAUGUGGUUGACCCUCUACGGGUGGGUAUGCCCUCAUCUAUGGACCCGGACCUAUAUUAUACUGCCCCCUCCACCCCGAUCAAGAUGGCUUCUCGAUCUUUGCACCUUAAACAUCAUUCAUAUCCUGGCUCUCCAGCCUGCCCGCUCUCCCCUGGUUCUCCCUCAGACAGUGAGGACCUCUGUUCCCCCCUCACUUCUCCCUCUGGCUCUUAUAUCACAGCAGAGGGGGGUAGCUGGACCUCCUCUUACACAUCUUCCACCUCACCCUCCACUUCUCCUAAUCUGCUCCUUACAGAAGAAGCACAGGAGGCCCCUGCUAGCUUUGUGAGCUCCUUGUCAGAAAUUGGAGAUGAAGUUGGGGAGGAAAAGGGACAAUUGGGACCAGAACGGGAGGAGGAAAAGGCAGACUUCUGCCCAUUCCGUCCCGAGGGUCUUGUCAUGAAUUCACGGAUAAGUAUAACAGGGACAGUGAUCCUCGAGGAGGAAGAGGCUCCAAAGGAAGAGGAGAUCAAGAUUCCAAGAGAAAGUUGUCGUCCAUGCUGGGUGACUGAGAAUACAUCCCCGCUAAGGAGCAGUAGCAGCCAUAGCAGUGACUCCCAGGAGGAGGGAGGAGAAUCUGAAAGCUCACUCUGCCCACUGGAAGAGACUGGUUCAGGGAGAAUAGAGUACUCUAGACCCAUGCAGAUGGGUCUAAAACUGCAACUGGAGGCAUGUAUGUCAGAGGAACAUUAUGGACAGAUGGAAGACCAUCCACAACCUGCCUUGACUCCUGACAUGACCAUGGCCUCAUCUAGCCUCAGCCCUGACUCACCACUUACUCCCCUGGAUGCCUUCUGUUCUGGAGCCUUUGAUAGGCUCGGCCCCAGUUCUUUCAUACUCUCCCAGGCCGCCUGUGCUGAUGAUAUCCCAGAGGAGGAAAGGAUGAUCCCUGCCUCCCUCAUUUCCUUUCCCCUUCACACUAGCCUCAUCUUUAAGGCUGAUUCAAUGGAAAUCACCCUUUUCCCCACAGAGGAAGAGAAUGAAAUAGGAGAGGUUCAUGAACGAGAUGAAGGAAAGGAUGUUGAUGCGUAUGCAGCAGGAGAAGAGGAGGCAGAUGUUGAAGAUGAUGAUGAUGAUGAUGAUGAUGAUGAUGAUGAUGAAGAGGAUGAUGAUUAUGAUUUUGAUGGUGAUGGUGAUGGUGAUGGUGAUGGCAAUACCAAUGAUGCUGCUGACGGUAAUGAAAAUAAUGAAGACGAGGCCAAUGAUGACCAUGAUGAGGAAGGUGAGGAAGCUAAAGUGGAGGUGAAAGUGGUGGAAGAGGUGGAAGAGAAGGUGCAGGAAGAUAAUGAUGAGUUUAAAAGCAAGGCAGUAGGGGAUCCUACAGAUGAGGACAGUUCAGCAUCGUUUCUUCAUUCACUUUCAGAGACAUCUAUCAAUGAGGGGUUGGAUGAAUCUUUCUGUUUUCAAGACGAUACAGAUGACUCCUUAGAUUCUGCCUCCUAUAAUGGGGAGGAAGACGAACGUCUGUACAGCACUGAGAGGCAUGCACAAUCACUAGAACCCACAUCAGUGGAUCCACUCAAUCCCACUGACAUACAAACAAAAACUGAACAGGCAUCUACCACCGGAACAGGUCCAAGUGAACCUCUGCAAAGACAACUGAGCAAAGACAAAAUAGUGGAUCAUCCCAAAGCCAGUUGUCUUUCUGAAGCCAUUGCUGCCCACACCCUGGACAACAAUAUAAAACUCAAACCUCUGGAACCUAAAACCUGUGGACCUCAGUCAGGCCCUGAUCUAGAAUCUACCAUUGAAACAGUGAGCACAGAGGUAACAAUGGAUCACCAGAAACUAUCUUGUCCGUCAGAAGCAAUUUCUUGUCAACCAGAGUCCUCCAGCACUUUCAACCCACUUGAGGAAACAGACAGCCCUCAUGCUAACCCCUCCACCACUCCUGUUGUCAUUCAUACUCCUCCUGACCCUGCUGAUGACUUCCCCACCUCCCCUCCAUCUGCCCCAUCCACAACACAAGAGACAACAGAGCUUAACAGUCCAGUUCCUCUGGAAGAAUUGGCUGAGGAAAGUCCCCAGAUGAAAGAUGCUGAUUUAAAACAGAGCAAUGAUUAUUCAGGGGAAAAGUCCACAGAAGAACCAGAAAGGGACUCUUUCAAAUUGCUCAUCAAGCCUCGUCAUUAUCGUCCAGAAAGCCACAGGACUGUUGGAGCGACUAGACUAGUAUUAUCAAAGUCUUUUUCCAAUAAAUCUGAUGUGCCCAGAGGGGCAGAGGCCAUGUAUAGACCCAUCAUUCAGAGGGAAUCUGACAUUGAACUUGACCAGAAGAAUGGGAAUGCCCCAGCUGAGUCCAUGACUGCAGAGUGUAGAAAUACUGAUUCCGGUCCUUCUAUUAAUAUGGCCACCGCCACCAAUGACUUAAAUAAGGGUGUUCUCCUUUUGUCCUGUCCAAAGGACCCCAGUCCCAACCCCAGUAACAUCCCAGUAUCUGUCAUCUCAGAACUUGCUGACAAUAUUGCCCUCACCCCUGAACACUGCACCGGUGACUCUGCCCAGGAGAACCUGAGGGAAAAUACCCUGAGUACUGAUGAGGGGGUGCUGGGAGCUGUUGGAUCUCCACACUACCCGAUUGCCAUUUCACCCAAAAGGGAAAACUCAGAAACGGACACAAGCAGGGACAUGGAUCCUGGAUCUGGAAUGUGGUGUGGUGAAAGGUUGGGUUUAGGGUUAAGCCUGGGAUUAGGUUCAGGGGCUGAGUUUGGUAUCUGGGGAGCAGGACAGUCUCUGGAGAAGAGCUAUGACUUAGAGGCAGAGAGUCUGCUCAUGUGCGACACAGCCGGCCAAAGCACACAGAUGGCUGUGGUUCCCAACAUGACCAGUGAAGUGUAUAAAAGUUAUCACAAUGAUUUGGGUUCUGUUGUGGAUGAGGAAGAUAAUAACAGUCUGUGUGGAAAGAGGGACCAAAUGGCAGAUGAGGAAUUGUUGGAAGAGGUAGCUUCUGAGUCCAACUUGGCCUGUUGGAAGUCCAUUGAGGAGAUCUCAGAAGCAGGAGGGGGAGAGGAUGGAAGCUCAAGAUUCCCAGAGGACGAUGUCAGUAAUCUAAAUACAGACAACGAUGGCGAUAACACAGAAACAAAAAUACAAGACACUUGGAAGAAUUCUAACAAUAAUAAUGACUCUGCCUUUGAUUCCUUGGAAAGUACCAUGUGCGGCAGUUUGAAUGCUCUAUCAGAGGAAGUGAGAUCCCAGAGUUUGAGUGUCAGUGUUAGAGAGUCUGCGUCUAAUAUUCCACUUGAAGAGAUACCACCUCAGGUUUCUGUCACAAUUGCUGAUGAGGAGCAAGAAUCAAUAGACAGCUCUAUUAACCAAACAGCAGACACAAAACACGCACCAUCCUCAAAGAAAGGUGAUUCUGUUGUUAAAGCUCACGUGGGCCCAGCAGCAACAAACCAACACUUUGGUUCGCCAAAUAAUUGUCAUGCUCAUCAAAAGUGUCAGACAAUCACUCCAGAGAGUAAUCCGGCAUUUUCUUUGCCGCAUGGAUCCUUUGGCUCCUUUACUCCUAAAUGUAAAUCUAACGAAUCCAGACAAAGUAGAGCUGGUAAAGGCAAGGUGGAAAAUAAUCUUUCUCUCUCAGAACUGGAGAUUUUGAAACCUCAGACUGAAGGCCAAAAAAAAGGAGAAGUCACUGACAAACUUUUUGAUGAGCCAAAGACUGAAGAUUUCUUCAGAGGACAGCAAUGUGUUGUUUGUAACUCAGGGGUAGAAAAUGAGGAAGAAAAGGGGGAAGGGAGAGGUGAAGGGAAAGAUAAGAUGAACAAAACUGAAAGGAGAACCUCUCCUGUACAGAAUAGACCAGAGCACGUUUCAUGUCACGCCCCGAAGGUGGAACUUUGCACAGAUAAACCAACUGCUGCUAAGAAAGGUAGGAGAGGGAGGCAGAACAAACAUAGGGUAUCACAGAGAGCCAGUCAGGCUGACUCCAGCCCUGAAUCUGUUGAUGAACCAAAGAAUGAUGAUCCAUUAAAUACCACAGCAGAUGGCCUGUCUAAAGGUACCACAGACCAUGCUAAAACUAAGACAGAUCGGACCGACAGCGCAGAAUCUGGUUCACCGAUGCAGGGAGAUAACAGUCCCAGUCCUCAUGUCAGAGGUCCUAGCUAUGGAUACUGCAAUUCAACCACACAUACUCCAGAGAACCUCAAUGUUGUGGUGGCAUUGAACCAAGAAUUACAAGAGAAACAGGAAGUGCUUGAUAACAGACCACUAUCUGAUAGUCAGAGAGGAAUUACAGUAGACAUUAAUGACAACAACGUAGUUACUGGACACAGACCACUUACCGAGGAUACAGUAUCAUGCUGCCCAACUCCACGUCCUUCCUCAGCCUCUCCAGAUUCCUCCUCUUCCCCUCUACCUUGUGGCCCAACAGAGCCAGAGGAUGAUCUUUCCACACCUGUGCAGGAAUCCCAACCUGUGCCCUCAGCCCAGCAUCAGUCUCCACUACCGAUGUGUCACACCACUCCUACCCUUUGCUCUACCUCCCCUACAACACUGCAAGCCCCCAAUUCCAAAUUUCCCCCCAACAACAGCAACCCCCAAGAGAUCACUAUUGUCCUUUCUACAUCAGCUACAUCUGCCACAAAUGUCUCUUCACCCUCAUUCUCCACUGCUAUGCAGUUAAGCCUGUCCCGGCCAACCCAGGAAUCAUCUUCACCUGUGUCAGGGACUCAAGAAUCAGCAUGUGUUCAAGACCCUAAUUCUCGUCUCCAGUCUCAGUCCUAUAUGCAUACUUUGCCUAAUCUCAACAAUCAGUCUCACAUACAAACCAAGAAAGGUUGCACAUGGAGCACACAAGACAGGUGCAGAGGUCCCAGUCUGGCUGAGGAGGAGACAGACAGUGAGGAUGAUGGCGGACUACCUCGACAUGGUCUCAGAUCCCAGCCCAGAGGAGUCGCAAGAAUCAGAAAUGGAUUGUUGCAGAAUGAGUCUGGUCCAUCCAACCAACGGGAAAUACAGCCUGUCUCUGCCCACCAAAUGACCAACAGACAGUCUGGCUGUCCCAUCAGCCACGGCCACAAGAUUUCCGAAGAGAUCGACAUAUCCUUCAAAAACAAUUGUUCCAUCAUGGCUUCCUGUAAUGAGUCUGAGAGUGAGGGGUCAGUGCCUGAGUUAGAGGGGCCAGAGCCACUGAGACCAUCAGAGCACCGGUCUCUCUCCUCUGCAGAUGAAGGGCUGAACAGACCGAAACAGAGUCGCAGUGAGAAGAAGGCUCGCAAGGCCAUGUCUAAACUGGGUCUAAAGCCAGUCCAUGGUGUGACCAGAAUCACCAUAAGGAAGUCCAAGAGUAUCUUGUUUGUCAUCAGCAGACCAGAUGUAUUCAAAAGCCCUGCGUCAGACAUAUACAUUGUAUUUGGAGAGGCAAAGAUUGAGGACCUGUCUCAGCAGGCUCACAAAGCAGCUGCUGAGAAAUUCAAGGUGCCUGUGACGUCUUCCCCCUUGGCCCCACCGAUCCCACCCAGCCUCACCAUCAAGGAAGAGAGCGAAGAGGAGGAAGAGGAGGUGGAUGAGGGAGGUCUGGAGCAGAGAGACAUUGAGCUGGUGAUGGCUCAGGCCAAUGUGUCACGAGCCAAGGCCGUCCGUGCGCUGAAACAUAACAAGAAUGACAUUGUGAAUGCUAUCAUGGAGCUUACCAUGUGAGUGGAGACCAAUUUGAAUCCAGCCCCUCUUCUUUCAGCCUAUAAAGCCUAAAUGCCACUGACUCAUCUGUAUCGCUGCUACUGUAUGUUGCAUCCCCAAUAUCUGCUAAAUAAAGUCUGUUCCAACGUGG